UAACGCCCAAUGUUUGGCUUUGCUUUUAAACACUGCGCAGCCGCAGAAGGGAAAGACCGUCCAAGGAACGGCGGAAGUUUUUCUCUAAUCAUAAGAAAUUAGUAUUCGGACAAGGCUGAAACUGGUACCACCAUCUUUCUCCAGCGAGGUUCCUACCCUCUCGAAGUCGCUCGGAAUUCUCGUGUGUGAUUAUGACGUCACAGCCAAUAGUGAGUUGGAGGGCGCUGACGCUCUAGCCCGCCAUGCGCUCGUUGCUCUUCGGCCACCGCAAAGCCCUAACUCCGGACCUUGGAUUUGUCUGGCCUCUUUCGCCGGCUACCCGAAAGCCCUGAAGUCUGGUGUUACUCGAAGCGUGCUGGGAGUUACGGACGCUUGGGCACGUUGGUCGCAAAGGCACGAGCCCUCAACUACCUGUCCGUCAUGGACCUCAACCGCACCUGCUCCAGCUUUCAGUCGGACCUGGAUUUUUGUCCGGACUGCGGCUCGAUCCUGCCUCUGCCCGGGGUUCAGGAUACGGUUACCUGCACGCGCUGUGGCUUCUCCAUAAAAGUGCGAGACUUCGAAGGGAAGAUUGUGAAGACCUCAGUUGUGUUCAACAAAAUGGGGACAACCAUGCCUGUGACGGUAGAGGAAGGACCUGAGUUCCAGGGACCCGUGGUUGACAGGCGCUGCUCUCGAUGUGGUCAUGAGGGAAUGGCAUACCACACCAGACAGAUGCGCUCAGCUGAUGAAGGACAGACUGUCUUCUACACCUGUACCAACUGCAAGUUCCAGGAAAAGGAAGACUCUUGAUGUUUUUUUCUGGGUGAUUCAGCACUUGCUCUUUCUCCUUGUCCUUGAAAGGUGAAGGAUAACGGAUUCUUUGUCCAUCCUUUGGCUGCAAUGUUUUGCUAUCAGAGGGCAGCAGAUGAACAUGAGCAGAUUACCACUGUCCCUCGAGUAUACCUAGUUGAAUUUCCAUAUUAAAGUUUUAUUUUUCCAUAAGAA